AUGUAUAUAAGAACGACCAGCAAACCAGUGUCAAAUCGCCAGCAAGCAUCUUCCCAACAGAACCUCUGCAUUCUCUCCGUGAAGAUGUUGGCGGCGUUGGUUCUGGUUUUGCUGGUGUUCAGUGUGACUGAGGGACGUAUCAUGAGUAAAUGUGAGCUGAAGGAGCAGCUGGAAGCAUCUCAGAUUCAGGUGAUUAGAUCCAUUGGAGACAAAAUGACCAAGGACAAACUCAUCGCUAGACUUGUUUGUAAUGUGGAAAACACUUCCGGCUUCAACACCAGCCUCGUCACCAGCAUCCAAGAUGAGAUUAGACCUGCAUUCCAAAUUCCCCCCAAACCAAAGGAGGAAAAACCACCAGCAAAGGAAGAAGAUGAUGAGAAACUGGAAGAGGAACACAUAAUCCCUGUUAAACCACAAAGUCCUCCCAAGGGAAGAAGUGGAAGAUCUGUCCCUGAGGGCAAGACCGCUGAGAUACUAGGAGCAAAGGAGCGUCUCUGGACAUGGCGCCGUGGUCUCUUCCCAGAGAAGAUCCCCGCAGACUCGUCUGGAAGCGGUCCAGAGGCGAUGUCCGAGGAGGACAGCUCCGGAGACAGCUCGGAGGAAGAGGGGCGUGAUGAUGUCAUCGCCUGGGACCUGUUGGGAAUCUUCCAGCUGAGCGACCACGAGGCCUGCGAUCCCGGAUCGAGCGCAUCGCUGAACCUUUGUGGUCUCGAGUGCAGCGCUCUCGUUGAUGAUGACAUCUCUGAUGACAUCGCCUGCUUGAAGAUUUUGGCGGGAAGCAGCAACAAGUUCAGUGGCUUGAGUCCCAAGAAGAGGUUCCUCGCUCAGAUGCUGGCGAUGCUGCCGGUGAAGGAGUGUCGCUCUGUCCUUCCUUCCAAGUACUUCGCUGAGUGCUCCUAGAACAUCCAGGCAGAUGAAGAUUCUCCAUCUGAGGGCUGAAACAUCUUCACCACUCAACGGUGGAGCCCUUUUUCAAUCACAGGAGACUCAACACUUAGGUUCUCUCACACUUAAAAAAAACCCAUGAUCUCAAAAUUGGACCUUUUGUUAAUGUAUAUCAGCUUUGACAUCAUUUAUAUGCUAAUGUACUCCUAA